GACAGUGCGCCAGGCGCGCUCCCCUCACCUCUCCUGCCUCCCGCGCCCGCCUCCAGCCCGGGGCUGCGAGAUGGAGACGUCUCUUGUGGACGAGGAGAGGCCGGAGCGGGUCUCGGCCCCGGGGGGCGUGUGAAGCCCUCGCUCCCCGCCGAUCGGAGUCCAGUGGAUGCUCUCGACUUCACUUUCAUACUGGAAUUUAACCGCGUGGCUUGGAUACAUCCCAGCAAUAGCCAUCUUUACUCAGUGUGUGAAAUAAAAUCCAAGACAAGAGAUGAGGAGAUUUGUCUACUGCAAGGUGGUUCUCGCCACCUCUCUGAUGUGGGUGCUUGUGGAUGUCUUUUUACUCUUGUACUUCAGUGAAUGUAACAAAUGUGAUGACAAGAAAGAGAGGUCACUGCUGCCUGCUCUAAGGGCUGUUAUUUCAAGAAACCAAGAAGGACCUGGAGAAAUGGGAAAGGCUGUGCUCAUUCCCAAAGAUGACCAGGAGAAAAUGAAAGAGCUGUUUAAAAUCAACCAAUUUAACCUUAUGGCCAGUGACUUGAUUGCACUUAACAGAAGUUUGCCAGAUGUAAGAUUAGAAGGAUGCAAGACAAAAGUCUACCCUGAUGAACUCCCAAAUACAAGUGUAGUUAUAGUAUUUCAUAAUGAAGCCUGGAGUACUUUGCUUCGAACUGUUUACAGUGUUAUAAACCGAUCCCCACACUAUCUGCUUUCUGAGGUUAUCUUGGUGGAUGAUGCCAGUGAAAGAGAUUUUCUGAAAGCCUCAUUAGAAAAUUAUGUGAAAAAUUUGGAAGUGCCAGUAAAAAUUAUUAGGAUGGAACAACGGUCAGGACUGAUCCGUGCUCGGCUCAGAGGAGCAGCGGCUUCUACGGGCAAGGUCAUAACUUUCCUGGAUGCACACUGUGAAUGCACUUUAGGCUGGCUUGAGCCCCUGCUGGCAAGAAUAAAGGAAGACAGAAAAACUGUUGUCUGUCCAAUCAUUGAUGUGAUCAGUGAUGAUACAUUUGAAUACAUGGCUGGGUCAGACAUGACAUAUGGAGGGUUUAACUGGAAGCUUAAUUUUCGCUGGUAUCCUGUUCCUCAGAGAGAGAUGGACAGAAGGAAAGGAGACAGAACCUUGGCUGUAAGGACCCCUACUAUGGCUGGUGGCCUAUUUUCUAUUGACAGAAACUACUUUGAAGAGAUAGGAACUUACGAUGCAGGAAUGGAUAUCUGGGGUGGAGAAAAUCUUGAAAUGUCUUUUAGGAUUUGGCAGUGUGGAGGCUCCCUGGAGAUUGUAACAUGCUCUCACGUUGGACACGUGUUCCGUAAGGCAACCCCUUAUACUUUUCCUGGUGGCACUGGUCAUGUAAUCAACAAGAACAACAGGAGACUAGCAGAGGUCUGGAUGGAUGAGUUUAAAGACUUCUUCUAUAUAAUAUCCCCAGGUGUUGUCAAAGUGGAUUAUGGUGAUGUGUCAGUCAGAAAAGCACUAAGAGAAAAUCUGAAGUGUAAACCCUUUUCAUGGUACCUAGAAAACAUCUAUCCAGACUCCCAGAUUCCAAGACGCUAUUAUUCACUUGGUGAGAUCAGAAAUGUUGAAACCAACCAAUGUUUGGAUAACAUGGGCCGCAAGGAAAAUGAAAAAGUGGGUAUAUUCAACUGCCAUGGCAUGGGAGGAAAUCAGGUAUUUUCUUUUACUGCUGAUAAAGAGAUCCGCACAGAUGAUUUAUGCUUGGAUGUUUCUAGACUCAAUGGCCCUGUGAUCAUGUUGAAGUGCCAUCAUAUGAGAGGAAAUCAGCUCUGGGAGUAUGAUGCUGAGCGGCUCACAUUGCGGCAUGUCAACAGCAACCAGUGUCUCGAUGAGCCAUCUGAGGAGGACAAAAUGGUUCCAACCAUGAAGGACUGCAGUGAAAGUCGUUCCCAGCAGUGGCUGCUACGUAACAUGACCUUGGGUGCCUAA